UUACCUACUUCUUUAGCCUCCUUCUCUAGCCUACUUCUUCAACUCAACCUUUUCAGGAUGUAUCAACCACUCGCUUUCUUGGCUACAGCCCUCGCAAUCGUUAACGUGGCCGUGGCUGCGCUUCUCCCUGAUGGAUACUACCGCAUCUCCAUCGAUAACCGCUAUAUCACCACUAAAACAGGAGGCACCGGGUACUGGCCUGCCACUUACCAGGAGUCUCUGUCAGCUCCUGGUUAUUAUCAGGAAUGGUAUCUCCGUAACCAUGCUGGUGACAAGGUCACUCUUUCUCCUCGCGGAUACCACCAGCGAUACCUCUCAUUGAGCCGAUCUGGUGCCAAGGAGUAUGCUUACUUGGCUGUUAGUGGCACUAGCCAGAAGUGGACGCUCGAAAAGGCUGAUGACGGCAAGUACAAGAUCGUGUACCCAGUGAAGGUCCAUGACAAGUGGCUCAAUGUCGAUGUCACUCCUGACACUGUAUAUCCCAAGCGCAUUGCUCACCUCUCCGAUGGCAAUCCCAGAGGCAAGCAGCCUUGGAACUUCACUCCUGUCCACUAGAGGCGAGCCUCUGACAUCCUUUUGAAACUAAAAAGAACCCUUCAAAAGCCUUGUCCUAGCUACCGAGAAUAGUCUCACUACUGUUUUAGUAUUGAGUUUAAAAAUAUAGAAAAUGAAAGUAUGAACACAAAAGCAAUAA